AUUUGUAAAUAUAACCUAAAAUAUUAGCGAAAUUACAAUAAAUAGCGAGCAGUGGCGAGGUUCCAUAUAAUCGUCUGAAUUUUUUUAAAGUGAAAAACAUAAGCCAUGGCGACGGUGUGCCAGACGUGCGGCACAUCCGUAUUUCGAAUUUUUGAGGGUAAGUCGAUUUGUUCGGUGUGCAACACUGAAGUCGAGGACUUCGUUAGCAGAGAGAAUGAGAUAGAGAGUGAAACCAGAGCAAGGAAGAUUGCUUCUGGAACAACUAAUGAGAACAGGUUCACUUCAUGGGAAUUCUAUAAUAGAAUCAUGCUGGGUUUGACGAAUGAACUAAUUAUCUUGGGGGCUGACACAAAACUGAAAGAUGUGAUGCAGAGGAUCUGGUUCAUGUAUUUGAAGAAAAAGGAGGUGGUCAGUGAGGAUCCUGAUGCUCUACCAAAGUUACCUUUUAACUACAAAAAUUUAGAUGCUGAAAUUAUAUAUGGUUUAAAGAAGAAGAAGCGCGUUAUUGAUCAUGACAAGCUGCUGCUUAAUGAAUCGAAUGAGGAGGAUAUAAUUAGAGCCAAGAAAAAACGAUUUAGGAAAUUAGCUGUGAACGAGGCGUUUAACGAGUCGCAACGUGAUGAAGUUGACUGGUCUAUGAUGAAUCAAACCAUAGCUGAUUUGAGAACAGAUGAGGAUAAGAUUCCUAUGCAGGUGAAUCAGGUGGAUUAUGACAUGCUGCUGGAGCAUAUGACUAAGGAUCAUUUGGAAGAACAUCUGGAGGAUUUAGACAAUAAAAUGACGUGUCACAAUUUGAAACUUAAGGAUAUUCAAUCUUGCAAGAGAUUUCUCAAAAGUCAUCUCAGCAAGAACAUACUCUAUCAGUUGCUGUACAUCGGCUUGAUGAUAGUGAAGAGCGACAUCCAAUGCGGAGAUAUGUUGAGGUUCAUCGUUAAUGGCCAUAUGAGCUACAACAAUAUUGGGCAUCUGCUAACUGAGGAGAUGGUCACCUCUCAGAAGAACUACAGGUGGCUGAGGGACACCACUCCUGUAAAAAGAGAAUUUUUGACUAAAUGCUGGGCGUUGGUUGAUUACAUAAAGGUAAGAGAGUAUAUACCAAUACAAAAUUUACCUGCUCUAUGCAAGAGGUAUUGCAAGGAAUUGAAUUUACCUAACGAGAUUCAGCGCAUGGCUUUGAAUCUAAUGGCGGAGAGUCGGCCAAGAUUUAAUGGGAAUUCCAAGGAUUACGAGGCUCGGGCGAUGUGCUUCAUCGUAUUCACGCUGAAGAUGCUGUUUUCCUUUGACUCGAUUACUGAGUACAAGUUCUCAGAGUUCGCCGAUCUGCUGGACGACAAAUGCAAGAUGUUCAACAUCAUAAAGUGGCUGGAAUUCAUCAAGUGUCGCAGAAAGUUGUUGGCGAUGUACCAUUUACCGACGCAACUCGCCAAAUCUACAGACGACAUUAAUCAUAACAAUUUAAUAGAAAUGUUAGAGUCUUGUCCGCCGGUAAAGGCUAAUACCACCAAGACCUGGGAGCAAUCGAAAAUGUUGAGUAUCAUAGAAACUUUGAAGUCGCAAAUUAACAGAAAGCGUCGGUCCCCAAAGUUCGAGCCCACGUUGACCCCUCUGCAACACUACACCGAGCAAAUUUUGGAUACGGGGAACGUGGACGAGACGUACCUGCUGAACGUGCUCCAACAGGAUUUCACUUGGUUUAGCUUGGAUUACCUCACUAACACAGAGAAGUACGCUAAGGUGAAAUUGAAUAUGCGAAACGCGAACGACAACAUCGAGUUCGUACCAAUCCUAGUGAAGAGGGUGCCACCUACUAGGGCUACCGUUGAUUGUAUGAUAGUGGACGGGGAGACUCCACAAGGACAGGAUUUCCGAUUCCUAAAUAAGAAACCGUUGGUAGCGAAAAUCAAGAAAAAUAGGUCGGCGUAUUACAUGCCGGAGAUGGACAAGAUGAUUGGGAAGGAUGCAGAGAGUUUUCCGAGCUAUAAGGAGCAUUACGCUCCUGAAAAGAGGUUCUGGUUAUUGUUGGGGCAUAAGAUAGACCAGAAGGAAUCGCUUGCCGAAGAGUAUUUCAAGAACCUACCUUAUAACUUCCGCACAAUCCUUGAAGAAUGUGCCAGCAUGCUGCAGACUACACUAUCCAAUUUCUGCCAGGAGUACGUGUACUUUGAAUCUUACAUAUGUUACUCCUUCAAACCAGAACGCACGAAAAUCUUGACCACGCAUGGCAAUAAAUUACAUUUCAACACCACCAAUCAACACGCCCGAGACUAUUGGUAGAAUGAUAAUGAAAUAACUUCAACUUUUGUAAGUAUUUUUUAUAUAAAUUUAUAAACUUUUAAAGUUAACGUGAUAUUUUAAAAACAUAAAAAAGAAAUACUAAAUUUACGAAUUUAAUUUUUACCUUCUCCGAAUCCUACCGCCACUACUCAAUUGAUCCAAUGCAUUAUGUAAGAUACAACUAAAACUACACAUUAAACUAUAAGAACUUACCAAUUAUACCACUAAACGCGGUUUCCAAGGCAAUAAUCGUAAAUACAUAUCACGAUUUAAAUCUAUCUAGAAUCAAUAAUUUCCAGAUUGAAAAAAAGAGGAUUUGUUUUAUGUUUAUUGA